AGGCUGCCAGGUGAAGUGAGGGAGGAGCAGACAGAGAAGGAACACAGGAGGGAGGGAGUCAGAGGAGGGCGCCAGAGCUGGAGCUGGAGCAAGAUUGCAGCCAUAUGCGCCUUUCAUCCCGGGAUGAGUCAAUGGCGACGGCUCAGGUGAGAGACUGCCCACAAGCGAGUCAAAGGGACUACCACAUGCAUGCGAAUUACAUCGCGAAUGCUUUUUGCCAUAGGGACGUUCUUCUUGGAGGUAAAGCUGCUGCUCCUGCAGGAAGCCAGAAAGACUUUCGCACUCCGGAGGGUCAGGAUCAGUAUCCUCAGGACUCCAGCUGCAUCCUUGCUAUGGAAAUCUCAAGAUUGCUCUCAGAGGUUCAUCCCAAGGCACUGCGCAGAGUCAUUGGUCUCCUUUCGCUCUGGCAGACCAAAGAAAACAAUUAUGGUGGUCCUGAGAAGGGUGUCCUGAACUUCAUGAGGCAUGUCGAGGCUCUUGCACAUAGUGAAGAGGAGACGGCUGGCUUUCUCUCCCAGUUACUUCAGCAUGUAACAGAUCAGAAAUCAUCAAGCCUUCGGUCGUUGAAAAAUCUGUCCAUGCUACUUGGACUCAUGGUGGGUACUGAGGGAGGGUGCAUUCUCUCCAGGUGGAUUGAGGGGUUACUGUCUUCUCCUGCAGCCCCCAUGUCACUCAAGCAAGGAGUAUGCUCAGUAAUGCAGAUGAUGCUGCAACAGCAACCAUCUGUGGACUGGGCUCCUGUGAAAGAGGGAAAACCUUAUGGUGUCAAUGGCAGGGUUUUGCCUUCAGAGAGCAAUGUUGUGUUGCAGCACCAGAGGGAUGACUCAAAUGCGCCUCAGACAGUGCUGGACAUGUUUGCAAAUGCUGUGCCCGCGCUUGUUCAAAUUGUAAAGGGGUACAGUUCCUGGGGCAAGAAAGAUAGAGCACAGUCAAAUUUGGGCAUCACGGCGGUUGAAGUUGUUCUGAUGAUCACACUUAAUCUGCUUGAUGACGAAGGAACGGUCUUGGAGUCGGAUGGAGGGCGGAGUACAGGAGAGCAGAGGAGUCCCGACGACUUCAACUUCAGAGGGGUCUGGGAUGAGGACUUGGGAUGGACUUUCACAGACCAAAGCGAGGUCAACAAAGAUGAGCUUGCUGAAGCCAGUGAGGUGUUUGCAGAUGGAACGUCUGACAACGCGAUCAGAGAAUGCUCCAAUGAUGCAGGGGAAUGCCAUAGUGGUAACUUAUGUGGUCGCAGCAUCGUAUGGAGGGACUUGGACCACUUGAUUGAUAUGGUUCGAGAGAUAUGCCAGUGGAAUGACUCGCGUGGUCGGGACUUAUAUUCGAAGGGCCUUGAGGAAGUGCUGGGGCAGUUGGAGACAAUUGCCAAAGCUCGUGAUGAAAUGGCUUCAAUGGCAGGAGAAGAGGAGCUCAAGCCUCUUGUGAAUAUGAUGACAAAUAUAUGGAAAUGCUAUGGACCGCUCUUGGUGCCUUCCCAGUUCUGUGGCUCACCUUCGUGGUGUAUGAGGAUGUUAAUGAGGCUUUUGAGUCAACUGGAGGUACUGGGUGGCAGGUUUCGAGAAAACAGUGGCUUGACUGAGGAGAUGCGAAGCAAUUCACAGACCUGUGUUCUUACACAGCUGGCCCUGGUGUUGGGCUCUGCAAAACCGAAAUAUAUAGCGAAGCUUUUGUCGGGGCCAAUCACGUCAAAACUUUAUGCAACGCUAAUCAAGCAGCUUAUGGUUGCAGAUGAGAGAGUCAGCGAUUUAGCAUCAAGUCUGCUCCAUGCACUUCUGUGUGACUGGGAAUUGGCUGCUGGAAAGGCGGAAGAGGGCGUUGAUGCUGUGAUUGCAGCUCUUGCUCUCAUGGAAGUAGUGCCCAAGGGCGUGAUGCAGCUUCUUUAUGUUUACUUCAAACAGCAACCUCAGUCACAGCAGCUUCAGGCUUUAUUCAGCCUGGGCGAUCAUGGAAGUGCUAAAAGGCGAAAUGCUUUGGCGGUCAUUGGCGUCCUUCGUGCUAGAUGCCUCCAGAAUGCCAGUGAUUCUGCUGAAAUAAGUGGUCUCAGUCACUCCAUGAGCACCAUCUUCCAGCAGUGGGCAGGAGAUGAGGAGCUCCAAACAUGCUGGGCAAAUGCAGGCAAUAUGUGUUUUCCAGUUGAUGAUGGAAAAGGUGGGAAGACACGUCAAGCGGACUGUGCUGAACCAGUGUCUGGCCGCGCGUUGGAAGUGGCAAAGCUGAAGAAGAAUGAGAUUAUAGAACUUCUGCAUGCAAGCAGCAGUUUCGGAGUCGGCUUGCUCAAUCGGAUGCUUUCGGAUGUGUGCCUUCGUCUGCAACCCAAGGCGGAGGAUUAUGCACGCCGGCAAGCAGUCCUUCACAUGGUGAACGUACUGAUCACCGAGAUGGAUGUGUGCGAAGGUGGUGUUGUGGUACCAUUUGGAUCGUUCGAGUCGAACAUAUUCACGCCUGAUGGGGACCUUGACCUUUCACUGGAGAUACAAUCAAGGAAAUGGCAGACUGGUGGCUUCACGAAGAGUGAGAAAGUGAAGAUGCUUAGGGUUAUCAUGCGCGCUCUGGUGAGAUCUGGUAACAGAAUCAUUGACUUCAUUCCUCGAGCCCGAGUGCCUUUGAUUUCUUUCGUGGAACGGCGCAACAAUGUGAAGUGUGAUUUGUCAGUGGACAAUGGGGAUGCACUCUUCAAGUCGACAGUGAUGCGCUGGAUUUGUGAGAUCGAUCAUCGCUGCCGCGAACUCAUAUUUCUGGUGAAGUGCUGGGCCCGAAGCCAUUGCAUCAAUGACCCCAAGAUGGGCACACUUAACUCAUAUGCGCUUUCCCAGUUGGUCAUUUUUCAUCUCCAGACUUGCUGCCCUCCUAUCAUGCCGCCCUUGAGUGCCAUUCUUGGAGAUGCGGGUCCACAACUCUUUGCAGGGAGUUGGAGCGAUCGUGAGCAAGCCCUGACAAGUUGCUAUAAUCGUGUCCAAGAAUUGAUGAAUUCGGCAUUUGGCAAAGACAACCACUCAACUCUUGCAGAUCUUUUCUCAAGCUUUUUUGCUCAGUUCUCUGCAGUGGAGGACCUUUGGAAGAGUGGGCUGUGUGCGAGCACAUACUUGGGGACUUGGGGCGACAGGACUUCCUUGGGCUCCUCAUGGUCAGGAAAGCAGUAUGUGAUGCAGGUGGAGGACCCAUUCGACCGGUCGGAAAACUGUGCUCGGACGGUUCAGGGGUCUCUAUUUGUACGGGUGCGAAAUGCAUUCCGUUCAACAUCAGAUGCACUCUCGUCCCACUUCCGCUCAGUGCAAAGGGCCGGUUCAGAUUCUGCUUGCAUGAGAUCUGGUAUUUCCGAGCUGCAGACGAUGCUAUUCUCGCCGAGAAUCCCACCUGAACAGAUAGCCAAACCAAUGUGGCCGGUGACGGUGACUCAGGUCUGGCAACCUUCAUUCCGUGAAAUGCCUCCGGUUUGGCAACCUUCGUUGCGUGAAAUGCCUAUACAAACCACUAUGGUUAAAACCACUAUGGUAAAUUCUAGAAAGGGUAUGCCAUGGCAGGAUGGCGUUGCAGGAAAGAUGGGUGGGCGGGUGCAGUUUUGCAAAGUGGAGCAGAAGUACAUCAAGAAGGAUCAACCAUCAGAAUGCGUGCAGAAUUUAAGUUCAGCAAGAACGGAGGGGAUGUUGCAAGGCGCGCAAGGAGAACAGAAGUACACCAAGAAGGAACAACCAUCGGAGUGUUUGCAGACGGUAAGUGGGAGAAUGGAGGGGAUGUUCCAAGGCGCACAAGGAGCACAGCCGUUUCAUCAGGAUGAUUUUCCGAAGCUGGAGAGGAUUGUUAAGAAAGGGGCAGUAGUUGAUGUGGAAAAGGGACCCGCUAGUCGGACGCGGGGCAACGUUGAACAGAAGAAAGUCGCCGAGGCAUCUGCAGCCGGGGCUAAAGGAAGACCAGCAAGACAGCCGAGUGCUUCGAAAUCCUUGAUGAAUGGUCCGGAUGGUGUCAAUUGUGUUGUUGAGGGAAUCAGGACCCUCGAACUUGAUCAUAAAUGCAGGAGUAAACAGAUAGGAGAGGGAAGGGGAGUUGUACCUCAAUCAGUGCAGCAGCGAGAGGCUGUGCAGAGAACGAGUAUGGAGGGCUCCGGGGACCCUGCAAUCGACCACAAAAGCAGGGAGAAACAGGUGGGAGAAGUGAGGGGGGGCUCACAGUUAAGGCAGCUGCAAGAGGCUGCACAGACGAUGAAUGCUGAUGUCUGUUUCAACAGGAGUCAGCAAGGAAAUGGAGAUGCACGUGGGGCAUGUGCAGGAUCUUCUGAUGGGGUAGCUGAGGACAGUAAAGGGAAGAAGAAACCAAAGAAGAGUGACAGACGCAGGUUGAGGAGGACACAGGGGUCGCUGUACGCACCAGGGGACGAGGAGGAAUGUUCUUCUGUACGAGAGACGGGUAGCAGUUGUGCUCAGAAGGAUGCCGGUUUUAUGUCUAGCAUUGAAAAGCCACAUGGUCUCCAGUUAGGGAACCCCGCUGUUCAUACAAGGCAUCCGGAGGAUGAGAGAGACACGAGUGGUGCUGAGACCUCCAAUGCAUGGGAUCUGGAUGUGAGUGGCACACCCACGGGGUCCUGCAGGCAACAACACUGCCAAUCUACGAAUGAUGGUUCGAAUACGUCCUUAGCCCCCCCAACAGCACCUGGGAUGGUGAGCAAGGCAUCAGGUAGCAGGAUCACGGGGGCUGCGGUGCCAGCAAGAAUACCGGAGAAGGAGAUGCUGCGGGAUCGGGCAGGGAAAGGCGAAUACCAUCAGUUGCGCCAAGGACAGGAGCAGAAUGCUCAAACUAACAGGCUGAGUGAUCCACCAGAGAAAAGGGGGAGGGGGGAGGGGGCAUCAAUACCAACUAUGCAGGGGCCUCCAGGAGUGGAUCAACAGCAGGGACAAGGUGUAAGCUUGGCCAGUGAAUGGAAAACGCUACCCACUCAUCAACUACUGCCAUGCUCCACGUCAUCAAACCAUACUUCCCUGAGGCAAAUCGGUGCAUCAUCGGCUCAGCUGCUCCAGGCACAAGCGGAUGGUGGCCCCGAAGUACAUGCAUCCACACCUGACCGAAAAUGCAAGAAAGAGCUUGCCACAACGUCAAUGGAUGGGCAGAUUAGGGAUAGGGGCUCUACCAGGGUAUCAGCAAGCUUCAGUAGGAAGCCAGGCACGAGUGAGGCGAAUCGGCCACAUGGCCAUGGUGGCAGCAGUGGCAUGGAGUCAUCCAAGCGGCGCCAAAGAUCAAGGGUAAAGGCUGCAGCAUAGGUUCCGAGCAAGGCUCCUCGACAUGCUUCAUGUGUCAGGUCAUGCAACUAAUUGCAGGAAAAUUGUGGCAUCGGAGUCUUGGCAGCUUGGACAAGCUCUGCAGUGUGAACUCUUUUUGUUAGGCCUGCAAUGCACUGCCUCCAUCUCUGAGUAGAUAGUAGUCAUCGUAGCAGUGGUGCAGGGGCAAGGCCUAAAGGGUUGCAGGUGCUUUCAGAUCGUACGGAUAUUUGUAAAGCAGACUGACUGUCAGAACCCACUGUUUGGGCUCUUUGGCAGUGCAUGCCUACACUGUAGGGAGAGGAGGGCAGGUGCUCAUUGUAGAGGGUGUACUUGUAGAGUAGUCACUAGAGGAAGUUGCUGUAGAGGAAAUUCAGUGUAGAUGGCCUUCGCUGUGUCAAAGGCUCACUGUAAAGGGGGUCAACAUUUGGGGUUGCUCCCAGGACAGAGAGGAGGGAGGGAUUGGGUGGGGGGGAAGGUUGGCACGACAAGACUGGGGGGGGGGGGGGGGGGGGGGGGGGGGGGGGGGGGGGGGGGGGGGGGGGGGGGUGGCUUGACAACAUCGGGAGGGGAGGGAUGCACAGCGAGGGGGCAAACAGGGUGGGAGAGGACAGUUAAAAGAGGAGGGAGAGGAGCUUCGGAUGAAGCCCUGUUUCCCCCUUUGUAGUGGUGUUGGGGUUCAACAUUUGGGGUCGCUCCCAGGAUAGAGAGGAGGGAGGGGAUGGGGGGAUGGCAUGGUGGGAUAGAGGGGAGGGAAGCGGGGGUAGGCGCCGAACAGGGUUGGAACGGACAGUCGAUAGAGGAGGGAGACAAGAUUCAGACGAAGCCCUGUUCUCCCCUUUGUUGAGGUGUUCACUUUUUGGGAUCUUCAAGGCUGGCCCGCACAGGCCGGGUCCUUACCAGCAUGCAGGUACGAACGAUAUGGCCGUGAAUUGGGAUUUGGGUAACGAGUCUGUAUAAAGCGUGUAAAACCGCAGCUCGAUCCAUGGCCUUGAUGGAGGUUACUAUUGCCUCGUCCCCUGAGAAGAAGCUCAUGCCGACUUCGUUACUUCGGACGGAGUGUGAUAUGCCCGAUAAGCCAAAUCUGGCUAUAUGCUGAAACCUCCGCCGAGUAUCCAAUAAUGAAUGCAUCGGUGCGGACAUAGUUGCUGUAUAGGGGUGCACAUGUGGGCAGGGGUGACAGCUGUCACUAUAGUCAAAAGCUUGUGAAGCGGAUAGAGAGUUUGUGGUUGUGUAUGUAUGAUGUGUGAUCAUCUGCCCCAAUGAUGGUAAAGUUCUUUGCUUGAAGGGGUUCAGAUGAUGGGUGGUGAUAGCGUAGGAACUUGAGCGCCCUCACUUUUGUGCGGCACACAUCGUCGCAGUGUUUGUUUGUUUUUGGGAGCGGCUCUUUCUGCAAUUGGUCCGUAAGAGUUUUUUCCUAUGAUUGCUAUGCAGCCUUGACAUGUCCUUGCAGCAGAGAGAGCAGCUCUGGGCUUGCCUAGACCACAUACAGGCGAUGUGGAUGCAACGGAUUCCAGCUCUCAUUUGCUGCACUACACAGGUGGAUGGGACAACCUUGCUGCGCCGGAAGGGAUUAUUCCGUCGAUCGACGUGGGGUGAAUGGUUUUACGCCCUUCGCACUCAUCUGGCAUGGCACAGGGCACACCAGUUGGGUUGUUCCCUAUCCGUUCGCAUGUAGGGAUGGUUGUUGCAGAUGUGUGAUGAAUCCUCAUGUGGUAGGCGAAUCGCGGAAGAAAAGUUCCCGUGGGUCAUGACAGCGAGGAACAGACUUCAACCUGCUCCGUUGCUGGAAAAGCAGUUUGUGCGGGUGCUGAUGAAUUCCUGGAUGGAUUGCGCUGCACGGUCAGGACUCAGAAGAAGUCAGGAUAAGAAAAGGUGCCACCUUGUACAUCAUGGUAGACAAGUACGCCCCAUGCACCCACAGAUGUAAUUUCUUUUGUAUUUUCAGUGGCACGGUAGUACCGCUCAACAGAAACUGGUAUGUGGGAGGAAACGAUGCAGCAUUACCCCUCAUCACAAUGUCAUGAUGCUGCAUGCCCCCACAUGUACUGUUACGUGCGUAAACAGACCGCGUGCUGUGUUGUUUUUUCUGUGCAGUGCCCAAUCGCUUACGGAGUUAAGAUCUGUAUAGUUUUGCUUUCUCAUUUACAGGUUGCGUAGUGUUCAAGUUGAAACCGUCUCGGUGGCCAUUCUUUGACGGUGAAGAAUGGCUUUUCGUUCUCGCUUAGGCGCCAAGGGAAGGGAUCAUGCCCUCCAAGUUAAUGUGUACCUUAUCAGAAGCAGAAGCUAUUUUAUGUGGUAGCGUUGGUGGAUCAUAGUUGUGGUGGUGACCAUGGCUAGGCUGUCUCACAAAACCUUGGUGGAUCGCAGUUGUGCUGGUGGCCAUGGUUAGUAGCCUGUCUCACAAGGCGUUGGUGGAUCGUAGCUAUGGUCGUGACCCAUGGAUAGGCUCUUGAUCCUUACGGUAGUGGCAUGUGGAAAAUUGCUGUCUCUUCCGCUGCCAUGGAUGUGAAAACUCUGAACGGUUAAAAUUGCUGGUCCCCACUCGGGAGAACCUCCCAUGCCUGGCUUUUCCCCUUCCCCUUUCUUUGGAUUGUGAAAUGCGUGAUUCGAGCUCGAUGAAGCCAUCAGUACCAAUCCAGUUUGGUUGUUGUUUCAGUGUUUUGCGACAUGUGGAAAUCCGUGCCAUGUCUUUCAUGCAUCGGAGAUGAAGAAGUGCAGAACAAUUACAGUGUUAGACCGGGCACGGAUAGUGGCGGGACUAGUGAUGCCUGGUAUUUCCAAAAGUACCACACAUGGCCAAACUGUGCGGUGACAUAUCGGAAGCAACUGCGAUAAGCUCACCAGUA